AUGAAACGCAAGUUGGACGCAAAUGAUGUCCCCUCGCCUAAGGCUGCUGGGGCUGAGGAUCAAGAGCUCGACUUUGAAGCCCUCAAUCUCGAUCCUCGAUUGCGCCAGGCCCUGAUCAAAGAAAAGUUCACCAAACCCACUCUUGUACAGUCAAAGGCGAUUCCGCUCGCCCUGGAAGGAAAGGAUAUUCUUGCCCGUGCGAAAACUGGCUCUGGCAAGACCGCCGCCUAUGUCCUCCCAAUCCUGCAAGCCAUCCUCCAACAGAAGACUGCCGAUCCCUCCUCAAAAGCCACAACCGCUCUUAUCCUUGUCCCCACUCGCGAGCUUGCAGAACAGGUCCAGAAAGUGAUUACGUCUUUCGCCAGUUUCUGCGGAAAGGAUAUUCGUUCAGUCAACCUAACACAGAAGGUGUCCGAUGAAGUUCAGCGCUCGAUGCUGGCCGAUUUCCCGGAUAUCGUUGUCUCGACGCCUACCCGAGUUUACAGCAAUGUUAACAACUCCGCUUUGUCGCUUGAUAAAAUCACCCAUUUGGUUAUCGACGAGGCGGAUCUGACAUUCUUGAUGAGUGCUACUCUCACUUCGGAGGUGGAUACAUUGAAGGACUUGUACUGCCGGAACCCCGUGAUUCUUAAGCUAGAGGAGACGGAAGAGAAGGGCGCUGGUGUCAGCCAGUUUGUUGUCCGAUGCGCGGAAGAAGAGAAAUUCCUUCUCACAUACGUUAUCUUCAAACUGCAGCUGAUUAAGGGCAAGGUCAUCAUUUUCGUAGCAGACGUCGACCGAUGUUACCGUGUCAAGCUUUUCCUCGAACAGUUCGGUCUCAAGAGCUGUGUCCUCAACUCAGAACUUCCCAUCAAUUCGCGGAUCCACGUUGUCGAAGAAUUCAAUAAGGGCGUCUACGAUAUCAUUGUCGCAGCCGACGAGCAAGCAGUAUUGGGAGUGACCAAAUCGAAGAAGUCGCGCGAAGUCAAGGACGCGGAUGAAGAGGAAGCAAAGGAAGAGAUGGGAAGCAGCGAGGAUGAAGAGGCCGUUGAUGAGAGUGGAAAGGGAAAGAAGCCGGAAACCAAGAAGCGCCGCAAGAUGACCAGCAAAGAAAAGGACUACAGCAUCGCCCGCGGUAUCGAUUUCCAAAACGUCGCCUGCGUCCUCAACUUCGAUCUCCCCACCAGCUCAAAAUCCUACACCCACCGCAUCGGACGUACCGGCCGCGCUGGCAAAGCAGGAAUGGCCCUCUCCUUCGUUAUCCCCGCCGAGCAGCACGGCAAGCACCGACCCACCUCAAUCCCCAGCACAAAGCACGACGAGACCCUGCUCGCGAAGAUCAUCAAGCGGCAAACCAAGCUCGGCCAUGAAGUCAAGCCCUACCACUUCGAGAUGACGCAGGUCGACGCCUUCCGGUACCGUAUGACAGAUGCCCUGCGCUCCGUAACCAGACUCGCAGUGCAAGAGGCACGAGGACGCGAGAUCCGCCAGGAACUGAUCAAGAGCGAGAAGCUCAAGCGCCAUUUCGAGGAAAACCCCGACGAAUUACGCCAGCUGCGCCACGAUGGCGAGCUGCGCGCUGCGCGUGUCCAGGCGCAUCUAAAGCAUGUGCCUGAUUACCUGAUGCCUACUAAGGGCCGUAAGGGUCUCUCGAAGGAGAGUGUUGGGUUCGUUGGGUUCACAAAGUCGAAGCAGAAUCGCAUCCGCAAGGCGAGAGAUCGCAACCGUGCUCGUGGCAAGUCUGGUGGGAAGGUUGAUCCCCUGAAGACGUUUAAUCGUUCCAAGAAAUAG